AUGUUCCUACCAGCUUUCGGCCACAUUCCCGCCAUCCUGGUGUGCGACGCGGCAGAGUCCCAGGGGCGCCUCUGGGAGCUGAUCAGCGCGUACACGAAGCAGCUCCACCGCCUCCGGACCGAACGGGUGCCGCGGAAGGGUUUACGCCAAAGCUCGUUCCGCCGCCGCAACGGGCUCCGGGCGGCCCAGAUCGCCCGCAUCAACAAGAACCGCCUGAUGCUCAUCGAUCUAUACGUAGAACGGUGCAGCAACUUCUUUUCUAGGCUCCUUCCUGACGUUCUCAGCGCGGCGGACGGGCUCCUCCAGCUGAAGGCGAUCCAGAUCUUCAAGCGGCGCGACAUGCUUGGCAAUUGGAUCGUCUACAGCUCGGAGCAACGCCACGACCUCGCCCGCGACCACCUGGAGGCCUGCCUCGCCCUGGAAGACUUCUAUUACAAGCACGGCUUCAUACCGAAGGACUUCCAGGAGGAAAGCGAUGAGUAA